UUUAUACAGCUUACUACACCUUCACCACCCCGGACUGCAGCCCAACUCCUUUUGCUGUGAAAUAUCUUUUACAUUAUUAACCAGAAAGCGGAUGGUUAAUUAAAGUUAGCUUAAUUCCCCUUUCUUGGACCGCCUAUAAACUAAGAAGAAUAAAGAAACGAUUACCGUUAUUAUUCAUUUUGUUGACUAAAAAACGGUCGCUCCUGCAGAAUAGAAGUUCUGUCACAUCUUGCAGAAACCAUCGGAAAAACGGACCACAAAGAUCAGUCAACAAGGUCAACUUUGAAUAAGUUUCUUUGUUACUGUUUGCACAGUGAAGGGAACUUGCAGAUAAAAACACAGCAGGCUCAGUAGCCACGUUUCAACGGCAUCAUCCUCCGCUUCUUCUACGCAGUGGUCGAACUUUUACGCACUGUUGUCUCGGAGUCACCUUUAUCAUGACGCGAAGAUCUUGUGCGAUAUAUGGAGUCGGGAUUGUUUGCGCCAGUCUACUGAUCAUCGGGAUUGGCUUGGUUGUGACUCAAGUAUUUCAAACUUUGAUCCAUAACCGGUUAAAAAAGGAGAUAACUCUGACAGAGGGUAGUCGUGUGUUUGAGACAUGGAAAAACCCUCCUCCUCCCGUCUUCAUGCAAUACUUCUUCUUCAACGUUACCAACCCAGAUGAGUUCCUGGAUGGAGCCAAGCCUAUCGUCUCUCAGGUCGGCCCUUACACAUACAGGGAGUACAGGCCCAAGGAAAAUGUGACGUUUGUAGAUAAUGGGACCAGAGUGUCUGCCUACCAACCCAAGUCAUUUGUGUUCCUGCCAGAGCGCUCUGUAGGUGAUCCUGAUUAUGACAUGAUCACAACCAUCAAUAUCCCAGCUGUGGCGGUGAUGAACAAGGUGAAGGAUAGUUUCUGGAAGAGUUCGAUGGUAUCUAUCUGGAUGAAUUCACUUCAUGUCGGCAUGUUCAUGACGCGCUCCGUCAACGAGCUGCUGUGGGGCUUCAAGGACCCUCUGUUGUCCCGCAUCCAUCCCAUGAACCCAGAGAUCGACGAGUACUUUGGCCUCAUGUACAAGAAAAAUGGAAGCAAUGAUGGUGAAUUUGUUUAUCAUACCGGGGAGGAGGACUUCAUGAACUACGGCAGGGUAGCCACGUUUAAAGGAGAAAGUAAACUGAGCCUGUGGACGUCUGAGCAGAGUAAUAUGAUCAACGGUACAGAUGGCAGUGCCUUCCACCCCCUGUUGUCCAAGACGGAGAGACUGUACAUCUUCAGUCCUGACCUGUGCAGGUCCAUCUUCAUGGAGUUUGAGAAAGAUGUGAAGGUGAAGGGGCUCCCUGCGUAUCGUUUCACCCCUCCUCGUGAUGUCCUGGCAAGCAAGGAGGAGAACCCAGCCAACGAAGGAUUCUGUGUCUCCCCCAAAGAGUGCCUGGGCACCGGCUUGCUCAAAGUCAGCGUAUGCCGAAAAGGUGCUCCAGUCGUGACGUCCUUUCCUCAUUUCUACCUGGGAGAUGAGAAGUACUCUAACGCCAUUGAAGGACUGGAUCCUGUCAGAGAGCAUCACCAGACCUACCUGGACCUGAACCCGACCACUGGUGUUCCUAUCCGGGCCAGUAAGAGAGCUCAGAUCAACAUCCUCAUCAACAGAAUCGGUGGCUUUCCGAAAACCAAAUCCCUGAACGAGACCAUCUUCCCUGUCAUGUUUAUCAAUGAGACGGUAGUGAUUGACGACGUGUCGGCGGCGAAGCUCCACAAACUGUUGCUGAUGGUGAUGCUGGUGUCCAACUCCCCUCUCGUCCUGGUUGGUCUGGGGGCCAUCCUGCUGCCGGUGUUCAUCGGCCUCAUCGUCUGCGAAUACAAACAGAAGAAGUCAACAAAGGAAGACACAUCUUAUUCCCCCGUGAGCAACAAGGAGGGUGACGAAAAAAAUGGCAGCAGCUACGUUGCCUUGACUCCCGUUAUUGACAAGUCUUGAGGAGGGAAUGGGGAGGGUUUAUGGAGAGACAGAUGUAGGAUCUUAAUAUGAACCAGUUUGCUACAGCAGUAAAAUAAUCCUGCUGCAACAGGAAAUGUGAAUUAUGUGGAUUAUAAUUAAUGGACAUUUUUGUAGGGUUUUUAAAAGUCAAAAACACUGCAAGUUUGCAAUUCUCAGAAACAAAAGAGUGAUCAAAUUACGAUCCUACAUCUGUAUAUCAUAUAUAUCAGUGUGAGUUGCUAUUCAGGGCUGGAUCGUUGUAAAUCAUUGUGGCACUAGUUAGACUACUUUGAUAUGUCUUCGUUUUUUGUUUUGUUACUUUGUUUAUUUGGAUCUGGUUCAACCCACAAAAUGGGGCUAAUCUUCCCGAAGUCCCUGUUAACCCACAAAAUGGGGCUCAUCUUCCCGAAGUCCCUGUUAACCCACAAAAUGGGGCUAAUCUUCCCAAAGUCCCCGUUAACCCACAAAAUGGGGCUAAUUUUCCCGAAGUCCCUGUUAACCCACAAAAUGGGGCUAAUCUUCCCGAAGUCCCUGUUAACCCACAAAAUGGGGCUCAUCUUCCCGAAGUCCCUGUUAACCCACAAAAUGGGGCUAAUCUUCCCUGUUAACCCACAAAAUGGGGCUAAUCUUCCCGAAGUCCCUGUUAACCCACAAAAUGGGGCUCAUCUUCCCGAAGUCUCUGUUAACCCACAAAAUGGG